AUGUUGCUCUCAAAGCCCUGGCUGGGGAUCUUCCUCUUCACCAUCAGCCUUUGCGUUAUCGUGUAUAAGCAUUUCAACCCAUCUUGCGUUCAUCCUCCAGCACCAAAACCGAUUUCAGCACCCAACAAAUCCAACGAACUCAAGGUCAGCAACAAAACCAUUCCUCUCAGCGUCAAUUACCAUUUCACUCGCAAAUGCAGCUAUGAAUGCGGAUUCUGCUUCCACACCGACACAAACAGCUACAUCGCACCACUUGAAGACGCCAAAGUGGGACUUCUUCGCCUAUCACAAGCCGGCAUGAAGAAUGUCAACUUUGCGGGCGGCGAGCCAUUCCUGUACGCAUCCAUGCUCGGCAAGAUGGUCGACUACUGCAAGCAAGAGCUCAAGCUAGAAUCGGUCAGCAUCGUGUCCAACGGCUCCAAGAUCACCGAGAGCUGGAUCCGGGCACACGCCUCGAACGUCGACAUCCUGGCCAUUUCCUGCGACAGCUUCGACGAAACCACCAACAUUCAGAUCGGACGCGGCACGGGAACGCACAUCAGCCAGUUGUAUCGAGUCGCAGAGUGGUGUCGCGAGUACGGGGUCAUGUUCAAGCUCAACAGCGUCAUCUGCCGGUACAAUUUCGACGAGGACAUGAAUCGCCACAUCGCCGCGCUGCAGCCGUACCGCUGCGAUGACGAGUUCGACGCUUUCUGCGCCAAACACGCCGCGCAGAAAUGUAUCGUGCCGGAGAGCAACAAGGUCAUGGCCAAGAGCUACCUCAUCCUCGAUGAGCGUCUGCACUUUCUCGACAGGUCGGGAAAAAAACCCAGUCAGAGUAUCGUGCAGGUCGGUGUUGAAGAGGCGUUGGACAGUGUGUUCUGGGAUAUGAGUGGCUUCAAGGAGCGAGGGGGCAUUUUUGCUUGGAAUGAGGAUCUGGCCAAGAAUCUUAAGGAGGGAAAGUCGGCAGAGGCUGGGGCUGAGAGCUGGGAGGUGUUGAUUGAGAAAGAGGAGGGGAAGGGCAAAGAUGAAGCAGACUUAAAGGGUGAUGGAGCUAAAUUUGAUGCAAGACAUCAGGUUAUGGGUGGUGGAGGCUGUGGUGGUGCUGGAACCAGCAAUGGAACUGGCAAUGGAAGUUCGGCUGACCUGGAGGAUAUUGGAAAGAAGGCUAAGAAGGAAUGA